AUGGAUAGAACAACGUUUUUAAAAAUUUAUUUUCCAAAUGGAUCAUUUCAUGCUUUACGAUAUACACCAUCGACAACUGUUUCAGAUUUGAUUCGAAUAGUUUUGAAAGGUCGUCUUUCACCUUAUGAAUUAUUCUAUCAUUUAUCAUUUGCUAUUCGUGUAACAUAUGUUGGUAAAGAUCAACAAAUAAGAUUACCUUCAUCAAAUACAAAUCAUAUUGUUAAUAAAUGGCUUCAUUCAAAUAUGACUAUGGAAAAAGUACAAGCUUUAUAUGGAUCUGCAGAAGAAUUGAAAUUUGAACUUCGUGUACGAUAUUUUCCACAAUCUAUUGAUGCAUUUGCACAUGAUAAAGCAACAUUUGGUUUUUUCUAUGAACAACUUCGAAUUGAUUAUAUGCAUUUCAAAUGUGAUCAUGUAUCAAUGAAUGAUGCGAUUGAAUUAGGUUCACUUGAAAUACGUAAACUUUUUAAAGAUCUGAAUUCAUCAGCAUUGGAUAAAAAAGUUAAUAUGGAUUAUUUGGAAAAAGAACUUGGUCUAAGAAAAUUUUUUUCGCAAACACUUCUUGAUUCACAAAAACCUCGAGUACUUCGAAAAUAUAUUAAAGCAUGUUUAAAAAAAUAUGAAGGUUUAGCGGAAGAAGAAUGUGUUAAACGAUUUUGUUUUUUACUAAAAGAAGUUUGGAAUUGGGAACAAGAAAUAUUCACAUGUAAUCUUGGCGCUGAAUGGGCAGUACCAAUUAGUUUGGUUCUUGGUCCAUCAGAUGGUAUCAGUUAUCGAACACAAAAUACUACUAAAUUAACUAAAAUGACUCCAUUUGAAACUAUUUUAACAAUAUCAACAACAAAAAUUAGUUCAAAUGAUCGUGGUCUUAUAAAAUUAACAAUUGCUGGAUCAUCUGAAGUUUUAACAUUUAGUUUUCCAUCAUUAUCGGAAGCUCAUGAUGUAGCUAUUCUUAUAGAUGGUUAUUGUAUGCUUGUUAAUAGCAAUACUCAUUCUCUUUGGCGAUCAAAUAUGGAUGAUCAACAAUCAUCAACAGCGGCAGCAGCAAAAGGACCAAUGUCAUCUGCUUUCCUAACACCACAUUCUUCCGAUUUUGCUUAUUAUCAUCGAUCUAAUGGAGUUGAUGAUGAUGAUGAUGAUAAUGAUUCUAAUGGAGAUUAUGCUGAUGUUUUAUCUUCGGAAUAUCAAAUUGA